ACGCCCAUUAAUCACAGCAGCAUUACUCAGUGAAAGUAAAAGUGUCUUCUCUGUUUCUCUUCUUUUCCUUCACUUAUAAUGGACGAACCAGAAUGUCCUCUGUGUCUGGAGCCACUGGCAAUAGACGACAUUAACUUCUACCCUUGUGUCUGUCGCUAUCAGAUAUGCAGGUUUUGUUGGCAUAGGAUACGUAUGGAUGAAGGAGGCAAAUGUCCUCACUGCAGAACAGUUUAUUCUGAGAACCCAGCUGAAUAUAAUCCGCCAUCUCCGGAACAAAUCAAUCAGCUCAAGACUAAAGGCAAGAAGAAGAGUCAAGACAAAAAACAGAAAAUAAUUGAAAGUAGGAAGAACCUCACUGAUGUCAGGGUACUUCAGAAAAACCUCAUCUUUGUCCUGGGUCUCUCGCCAAGACUUGCCGACCCUGAGAUUCUCAAGAAAUCUGAAUAUUUCGGUAAAUACGGCAAAAUACAUAAAGUUGUUUUAAAUCAUCACACCAUAUAUAACGGAUCACUAGGUCCGAGUGUGAGUGCUUAUGUUACCUAUCAGAGAGAAGAGGACGCACUACGGGCCAUGCAGGCAGUCAAUAAUGCAUUCAUUGAUGGAAGAAUACUCAAGGCGUCUUUUGGUACUACGAAAUAUUGUUCCUUCUUUCUAAGAGGACUUCAGUGCACUAAACCAGACUGUAUGUAUUUACAUGAGUUAGGUGAUACUGAAGCUAGUUUCACUAAAGAGGACAUGCAGCAAGGGAAGCAUCAAGAUUAUGAAAUUGCUACAUUAGAAUCCCAAUCAAUAACAGUUAAUAAAGAAUACCCUCUGAAGAAAAGUACUAGGAGCAAACAAGGAGGUCAUACAGGAAGUGGUGGGAGUGGUCAUAACAAAAUCAAUUCUAAUAAAACCGCUCCUCCUGCUGAGUCAGCAUUACCGUUGACCUCCAAUUGGGGUUCCAAGGGAGACAAACCUCGUAAAAAGGUUCACAAGCAGCUCAGUGUACCUCAUCAUUGCUCAGAGCCACGCCCCCUCCAAAGAACCCUCUCUAACCCCUCCUCCCGGUCCCACGAAGACAAAGACCCUCAGUCUCUGAGCACAUCUCCUGCCAGUACCGUAUCACUUGAGGGCAGACGAGAGAAAGGAGGAGGAGGGAGGGGAAAGAGAGGAGGGGGAGAUAGUGUAGAAGAGGAUGAGUCUCAGUAUCAUUUUGUGAGCACCAGUUCACAGUGCAGCGACGUUACAACUGAUUUUGAUGAAGAAGCAGAUGAUACUAGGAAAGAAGGACUUCAAGGGGGCAACAUGGCUUCAUCUUUUAUUGGAAGAGAAGAGGAGGAGGAGGAGGAGGAGGGAGGGUACGAUGAUAUUGAAGAAGAAGGAGAGAAGGUGGAGGAGAAAAGUGUCACUUGGAAGAGGAAUGAUGAUGAAGAUGAAGAUAGCACAACUCUUAAUGUAUUCAAGGCACUAGGUGUUUCUCCUACGGGUGGUCAUGAUUUUGGUAAUCUUGGAGUCAGCUGGAGUAGGGACCCUCCUUCCCCUCAUAGCUCAAAAUCAUUGUCUCAGAGAGACGGAGAGGGCCAGCUCUCAUCCCCGCCUCCUCUACCCUCUUCCUCUCCUGUUUUCAUGUCAAUGCCGUGGGAAGUCCCUCAUGAAUCGAGUACUAACACAUUAACUGACCUACUUAGCACAAACUAUCGUGUUAGUCCACCGCUGAUGUCCAAAGGUUUGGUCGAUGAGAGACAAAGAUUAGCCUCAGCUUCUUAUGUUAACUAUGGCCCAACGACUAACAAUCAUCUUGAUGAACUUCAUACCAAGAGUAGCAUAGAGAGUCCCCGUUCCUCUCUACUCCUUGAUAAUAAAGUGGACUCGUUUCAGUCUUCACUAGAUGAUGAUUUUCAAUCUUUAUUUUCAGCUGGUUCCAUGCAGUCACUUGAAAACGCUCUACAAGUUACUUCAUUGGACGUAACGUCCUCUGCUGGCCCCUCGUCCUCUUCUAAAUUAUUUAGUCUGUUCCAGAACCCCUCUCCUCCGUCUAGUGGAGGGGCCUCUACUGAAAGGAAGUCCUUGUUACCAACUUUAAAUUUAACCCCAGCAGUCGGCCAUUUUGAUUCAGCUGGUACAAAUGGGGAGUGGCCAAAAUUUGAUGAUAAUAAUAGCAAUAAGCAAAAAGGAGGCACAACAAUAGCACCUCCUCCUGGUUUUGGUAACUGUAAGCCAUUUCCCAAGGCCACCACACCUACUUCAGCGUACACACUCUGGGGCGAAGGUACUUACCAGCAAACAAAUAAAGAUGAUAAAAGCUCCAGUCUAGUCCAGGCUCCUCCAUUGCCAGCUGCUCCUGGUUCAAGACCAGUCCCAAUUGGAGCCAUACAGCACAACCUACUGGAAGCAUCUCUCUUCAAUUCAUCAUCACCUAAUUCUUCCUCCUCUUACUCACUAAAGAAGGUUCCAGAGACUCUUACCAGUAGCCAUCAUGUCCAGCAAAGACCCCAGCAGCACCAGCACCUGUUGUAUCCUCCAGGGUCUUCUCCCCAUGGUAACAAGACUCCGUUACUACCACAGCCAGUACAGCCUGCAGCUAAAACUGCACAGCAGCAUAACUUGAAACAGCAGCAACAGAGGGCAAUGUUACUAAGGCAGCAACAGCAGCAGCAGUACCAGAAGCACCAUCAGGUCCAGCUAGCCGCCAUACAACAGCAAAUGUAUCUUUAUCAGCAACAGGUUCUUGCCCACCAGCAGGCGAGUGGAGGAGUGAGCCAAAAAAGACCAUCAUCUUCUUAUCCACCAGCUGUAGUACCGGUACCCCAGUCAACAGCUGCUAAUGCAUACAAGACUGUACCAGUUCCUCAUCAAACAGCUGCUAGCAAUCCCCACCCAACCCCACUUUAUUUUGGCGGUUGGUAUCCAGCCUAUGCUACCUGGGGCCUUCCUGCAGCCCCUGGACUUGCUGUGGCUCCUAGCGGACAUAACAUCGGUCGACUGGCAGGUGGUACAGUGCCUGGUUUGCAAGGAAGUAGGUCCGUGGCCGGUGUCACUGGUGUAUUGGGACAGACACAGGGGAUCCCCCCUUCUGGAUCUCAGGUUGAACAAAAGUUUCAGAAUACCACUUUGAAUUAAUAAUCAUUAUAAUAAUAAAUGUAUUAUUUAUUAUUUUAAUUCAAUUUACUGUUAUAAUGAUUGGCAUUGAUUGCAAA